AGUCUCUGUCCUUUCUUUCACACUUUCUCCUACAUUUUCCUCUUUCUUCUUAUUCCAGACCUUGCUCUGGCUUACCUUCAUCGGACCUCCAUCCCAAUCACUGGUCCUCCCUUUCUUGCUACCAUUUUAUGACCAUUUAGCUUUCUUCUCCUUGCUUCCCCCCCCGCUUUAUCCCCACCAGGCCGCACCGGGGACUUCUCCCCCUCUCUGUCACCAUGACUAUCUACAUUGCUUCAUUGUUCCUUCCUUAUACGGUAGACUUCCAUGUGAACGACCCGCAGAAUCAUGAAGCCAACACAACGACUAGCCCACCGCCGACCAACCCUGUGCAAAGCGUUGCUGCCACUCCGAGUGCGGCUGUGAGCUUGUUUGAGAGAAACAAUGCCAGCGUCAAGCCUGGAAUCACCCCUGGGCCUGCAUCGGAACAUGAACAAUUCUUUGCGGCAGACAUCGCCAAGGCUGAACUGGAGCAUUCCGGCUACCCGUUCCCCAGUACUGAUCGGGAAGCAAACCUCUUGACUGAAAGCGAAGCUCAUUCACCUGCAUGGGGCUCAACCCUUUCUUUAAACCAGCCUCGACCACGCGCAGCUUUCCCGGCAUCGCCUUCUAUUCUUAAGCACCAAGAACCCAUAGCGCCAGGGACGGAACCUGCCAAGGAGAAAAUACGUACAACCCCGCAGCCGCCGACGUCGUCUACUACCGAUCACCGUCGCUCUCAGAGCCGGAAGAGCUCGUUCUCCGACGCUGAAUGGACCAUUCAGACUGCGGAGCAGGGCAAUGGAGGACUGCGCAACGCUGUGCGAUCCGCCACGGAUGCCGGCCAGUUGGAGGACAAGGUCUGGGUAGGCACGCUGGGCAUGCCUACUGAUGCACUGCCCCAAUCAACGAAGGAUUCCAUUGCUCGGAAGCUCGAGGAAGAGUAUGGGUCCAUGACGGUUUAUGUCAGCGACGGCGACUUUGACGGUCACUACACACACUUCUGCAAAACAAUCCUCUGGCCGGUAUUCCAUUACCAAAUCCCCGAUAAUCCUAAGAGCAAGGCAUAUGAAGAUCACUCUUGGAUCUACUAUGUCAAAACGAACCAGGCCUUUGCUGAGAAAAUCGCCCAGAAGUGGAAGCGUGGCGACUCUAUAUGGAUUCAGGACUACCACCUGCUUCUUGUUCCGGCCAUGCUGCGGAAGCUGCUGCCUGACGCACAGAUUGGCUUCUUCCUGCAUAUUGCCUUCCCAUCUUCCGAGGUGUUCCGCUGUCUGGCCCCUCGCAAGGAGCUCCUAGAGGGCAUCCUCGGUGCGAACCUGAUCGGGUUCCAGACGGACGAAUACUGCCGUCAUUUUCUUCAGACAUGUAGUCGCAUCCUCUGCGUAGAGGCCACUAAUGAAGGGCUCCAACUCGAAGAUCGGUUCGUCAAUGUAGGCAAGUUUUCCAUUGGCAUUGACCCAACCUCCUGGGAUCAGCGGCGCAGGGCAGCCGAUGUGGAGAGGUGGAUUAAAACCAUCGCAGAGCGCUACGAGGGCAAGCGUCUCAUUGUUUCGCGUGACAAGAUCGACCAGGUUCGAGGCAUCCGACAAAAGCUGUUGAGCUAUGAGCUUUUCCUCAACACAUAUCCCGAAUGGCGUGAUCAGGUUGUUUUGAUUCAAGUAGCGACGAGCACGACCGAGCAGCCCGAGCUCGAGGCCACCAUUUCUGACAUCGCGAUGCGGAUUAACUCAACGCAUUCCACGCUGGCCCACCAGCCACUGGUCUUUUUGAAACAGGACCUGGCCUUCCCUCAGUAUCUGGCGCUGAUUUCUCUCGCUGACGCGUUGAUCAUCACAAGCUUACGUGAAGGUAUGAACUUGACUAGCCAUGAGUUCGUCUACUGCCAGGACGGUAAAUGGGGCAACAACAAGAAAUAUGGAUCGCUCAUUUUGAGUGAGUUCACUGGUAGCGCGUCUGUCUUUGGUAACCAUGCGCUCCUGGUCAAUCCUUGGGAUUACCGGCAAUGCGCAGAGGCGAUUCACACGGCGCUGUCGCGGAGUGAAACAGAGCGGAAGGAGGUUUGGAUGCAAAUGCACCAGGCAGUGCUGCAGAACUCGACAGCCAACUGGGUCAAGUCGUUCAGUGAGACCCUGAACCGUGUUUGGAACGAGCAAUCGUCACGUGAAAUAAUGGCCGUGCCACGCUUACAGACGAACAAACUGGAGGAGAUGUAUCAGAAGUCCAAUCGUCGAUUAAUCAUUGUGGAUUACGAAGGCACCCUUGCGUCUUGGGGGUCUCCGAAGAGCAUAAUCGUGACUACGCCCCAGCGAGCCAUCACUACGCUAGCAGAGCUGACUGACGAUCCCCGCAACGUGGUGUACGUUAUGAGUGCCCGUAUGCCGGAAGAGAUGGAGCGCCUGUUCCGCCUGGUCGCUGGUCUCGGCUUGAUUGCAGAGAAUGGUUGUUUCGUGCGGGAGCCAAACUCGGAAACCUGGCUCAAGCUGACGGACAAGACUCAGACAGAUGCGUGGAAGACAGCGGUGCUACAGAUUCUGGAUUACUACCAGGAGCGUACUGAGGGCAGCUGGAUUGAACAGCGACACUGCUCACUCGUCUUCCAUUACGGAUCCGCGGAAGACCAGGUAGCGGCUGCACGACUGGCGUCAGAGUGCGCUGGGCACAUCAAUGAUGCCUGCGCCAACCAGGGCGUCCAUGCCAUUCCCGUGGAAGGAGCCCUUGUGGUCGAGCCGAUGGGUACGAACAAAGCGUCGGCGACGGAACUGGUGUGGCGGUCGUGUCUCAAGCAGAGCCAGCAAGAUCAGAGCGUAGUCCGUCCGGAUUUCUUGUUGGCAAUUGGAGACAGUCGCGACGACGAGCCUGUUUUCCGAUGGGCCAAUAAGCUGGAGAGCGCACAAGCGAUUAACCACGUCGUGACGGUAACACUGGGCUCUCGGAGCACAGAAGCCAGGGCUACCCUAACCCAAGGUGUAACUGGUAAGGCUUCUAGCUCUGCAUGCUUUCGCGUGAUUGUGACAAUUGGCUAAUUCAUUCAACAGGAGUCUUGUCGUGCUUGGAACGAUUGGCUGAGCACAAGUCGUAAAUGACUCCAUGCAUAUCCCAACGCGUACCCGCACAUACGCAUACACAUACACAGACGCGAUGACGUAUACGUCCAUAAGCACACGAUGACACGAUUACAGGACAAACAAUUUCACAUCUGCAUAGGCAUGAGUACACGGAUACAUGCAAAGAGGUGGUCGGCCAACCGCGGGAUUCUUCUAAUCGCGGACGUACAGUACCAUCCCUGACCUUACAAUGGAAAGGACAAUUAUGUCAGUCUCGUAGCCAAGCCGAAUACAGGGACUAGAAAAGCAGUCGGGGAAUUCUAGAAUUGACUGGUGCUAACGACAGAGGAUCGGGUUGGAUUGUUCCUAGAGUUGGAAAUCCUGGCGUUCACUGUUAGACCGACCUUGUUUCUAGAGUAGGUCAAUGCAAACCAUAACUACUCAAUUAGUG